UUAUUUUCUGACUACAACUCUGUGUAGUAACUUCCUUAUCAUUUGUUUUUGUGGUUAGAGGUUGGAGUAUUAUGAUAGGUUAAUUUUGACUGUAAAAUUUGGAUACGCUUGUUCAGUAGAUAACUAAUUAUAUUUAAUUCACUUAAAACUGACCAGAGAAAUGUCCAAGCCAAUAACCUUUGUCACUGGUAACGCCAAAAAGUUGGAGGAACUUGUUGCCAUCUUGGGCGAUACGUUUCCGCGCAAAGUUGUUAGCUCGAAAAUAGAUCUUCCAGAAUUACAGGGUGAAAUUGAUGAGAUUGCUGUCAAGAAAUGUAAAGAAGCAGCACGGCAAAUAGACGGUCCUGUACUAGUGGAAGACACGUGUUUAUGCUUCAAUGCUUUGCAAGGUUUGCCGGGACCUUAUAUUAAAUGGUUUCUUGAAAAGUUGCAACCCGAAGGCCUGCAUCGUUUGUUAGCUGGCUGGGAUGACAAGAGUGCCAAGGCAAUAUGCACCUUCAGUUAUGCUGAAAGCGCCAAUAGUGAACCUAUCAUUUUUCAGGGCAUAACAGAAGGCAGUAUAGUUGAACCAAGAGGUUGUCGUGAUUUUGGCUGGGAUCCAAUUUUUCAACCGAAAGGCUACCAACUAACUUAUGCAGAAAUGCCUAAGGAGGAGAAAAACAAGAUAUCACAUCGUUAUCGUGCGCUCGCUGCUUUGCAGGAAUAUUUUCUACAGCGGAAAGAGGAUUAGUACGUGCAGAGGAAGGUCUUACGACUUACAUGCACAUAUGGAUAUGUGCAUGUGUAUAUAUGUAUAAGUUUAAACGUGCAUGAUUGUAUGGUAGUAAAAAAAGCUAAUUAUAUUACAAAGUAAACAGCCG